AUGACUCCAAAAGAGGCGAUCGACGUAGCACCAUUCCAGCUGGUGUAUGGAGGAGAAGCGAUCGUCCCCGUGGAGGUUGGAGCAGAAUUUGACCGGGUGCGACUCUACGAUGAGGGAAACAUCGAGUGGAGGUUAAUGGAGCUCGACUUGAUGGAUGAAUCACGUGAUAAAGUUAUCGUCCGACUAACGACAUACCGACAGUGGAUGAAGCAGAACUACAAUCUAAGGGUGAUCUUGAGGUCUUUUCAGGUCAACGAUCUGGUCUGGAAGAGAGUUAAGCCAGUCGGGAAUGUCACCAAGCUCGAGGCGCCAUGGGUGGGACCUUACAAGGCCGUACAGAAACUCCGCUCGAGGGCCUACUACUUAGAAGAUAAAAAUGAAAGAAGGCUCGAGCGACCAUGGAGCGCGAAUCAUCUCCAACCCUAUAGGGCCGGAUGA